UCGGGACGUUUACUCGAAACGUAUUUUGAAUGCGUGAUGUGAUUAUUAUUUUUAUUGCGCAUGAACAUUGAACAUUUGACGAAAACGAAUCGGAGAGUAACAGCACCAUAAAUAUCAAAACAUAGAUAAUACAGAAUGUAAAGAACAAACCUGUAUAGGGGGCGGUGACGCGAAAGCUGCCGGUAAACACAGAAGAAGAAGCAGCGGCGGCGGCGGAAGUAGAAGUAGAAGAAGAAGAAGAAACAAACUUUGGCGGGUUCAGAGCCGAUGUGGAUGUUACGUCUCACUUUGUAUAAAAGGUAAGAAACAAAUGCUUCAGUGGGAUUCGUCUCCUUUCUCCUUGACUCCUGCUGCCAUCUUGUUGUCCAGAUGUGUCUCCAGAGACGUUGUGUCUCAGGAAGAAAUAGACUCCGCCUCCUCCAGGCUGAGCCCCACCUUCUCAUCUCACCUGCACGAGGCUGAGCUGCGGAUCAGAACGCAGAGGCAGCUGUCCCAGCUGCAGCUGGAGACAGAGCUGCUGCAGACACAGCGGAAGAGCGCAGAUGUCACUCACACCUUCCAUCUGGCUCCGAGGUUCCAGAUGUUGCAGAUGUUCUGCGAUCACCUGCAGAACCUCCUGAAGGACCAGAACCGCCUGAGGCAGAGACUCAUGAGGCCACUGGGUCGCACCAACCUGCCCCUCCAGGCUCACCUGCACAGGUUUGUGGUGGACCUGGUGAAGGUGAUUCUGGACUUCGUUGAGACUCUUGAGGAGAAGCUGGACUCGGUCCGCAGCAGCCCGGCCGCAAGCGACCACCUGGCUCAGCUGAACACAUCGCUCGCCCGGCUCCUGACUUAUGUGGGGGAGGUGGAGAGUUUGUCCACUCAGGUUCUCCAGAGGAACGCAGUCCACCACAGCUCUGCUUGUUGACCUCUGACCCUCACGUGUUCCUCUGUUGUGUUCCUCCUGUUAUUAUAUUAAAGGCAUGUUCUGUUGCUGUUCACUGUAA